UCAAGGACAUCAAUUUGCAUUAUUAGCAAAGAAAAGGAGGCGGACGUCGGAGCGCAUUCACCGGCGAACAUUUGCCGGCGAAAAUAUUUUACGAUUUGUUUACAAACAAUCUAUUUGCAGGAGUUCGGCUUUUUUGGUCUCGGCACAAACCGACUAACGGUUGUAGACUCAAAAUAAGAAGAAGCAGCAGCAAUGCUUUCGGCGCGGUAAACAAACUUUCGCGUCUGAUUUAACGGUGUGCUUGAAGGCGCGCCACUUCACUAUGCCCUCUUCGUCGUUGUUUACCACUACGACUCUUCUCAAGUUUUCAUUAUUGCCAAGGCAAACACUUUUUCGCGCCAGUUUUGCGCUCAUUGUGAAGGAAAGUGAAGCGUUGAAAGCGAAUUUCAAACAAAUGGGUCCUUUUGAAAAGUAAUUUGCCUAGCAACCAGCCGUUGGUCGACUUGCUGUUAAAUCAAUGAGGUUUUUUCAGCUAUUUCGAGCAGAAAGUUAUGGAAAGUUUGUGUCGAAAUUACUUUAUUUUUCGAGACUAAAAGAGCUUAGCUUAAUAAGUACUUAAAAUGGAGUUAAUAGAAACGUUGUAUAACGCAGGAAAUUUAGGACAUCCAAUCUAAAUUGGACGCCACUUAGCUGGAACUACAAACAUACAAAUUCAACGAUUCAUCUACCGCAGCUUAAAUAUACAUAUGCCAUUUUUAGACCACUAACGUCCUAAAGUGUGUGGUAGCUUUCCUUCCUUUAUACUCCAACUUGAUGUCCAUUGUGAACUUGUUCCACCAACGUCGCUGCCAUGGGGAAUACGGAGAGCAAUGUAACGAGUGGCGUCAAGAAACAAGCUGGCGUCUCCACACAAGCACUCUACAAAUUUGUGAAUCUCAAGGGUGGCGGUCUGUUGGUCGAUAUGAUGAAACGCGCUUGUCAGACUAAGCAGUUCGCAGAAAUCGAUCAUGCGAUUAAGACGAAAGUCGAGCCAUUUCUCUACAAUAAGGGUGCCGGUCGCUAUUUUCCCAUCUCGAAGCUGGUGCUAUUGCCGAUGGAGAAUCCCGAUGAAGACUUCAAUAUACAUGAUCACUGCACUGAGGUGUCAGAGGCUGAAUAUAUAUCGAAUCCGAGUGCAUAUCGGUUUGUGUGCUGGAAUUUGAAUGAACGCGGCGCUGUCGGUGAAACUGUCUUGCAUCUCUGUCUGCUGAACGCCUCCUCGCUGCAUGCCGAUCUCGCCAAGCGCCUGCUCAAAUGGUAUCCCAAACUCAUACUUGAUGUGUAUAUGUGCGACGAAUACUAUGGCGAGAGCGUUUUGCAUAUCGCAAUCGUCAACGAGGAUCCAGCGAUGGUGAAAUAUCUGCUCGAUGCUGGCGCUGAUGUGCAAGAGCGCUGCUGCGGCGCCUUUAUGUCCGCGGAGGAUCAGAAAGCCUCACGUUACGAUUCACCUGAUCACGAGUAUGUCGGCGUGCAGCCGAUAACCAACUAUGAUGGCUACGUCUAUUGGGGCGAAUACCCGAUGAGCUUUGCCGCUUGUCUGUCGCAAGAGGACUGCUUUCGCUUGGUGCUGGCACGCGGCGCGGAUCCAGAUCUGCAGGAUACCAAUGGAAAUACUUCACUGCAUAUGUUGGUGAUCUAUGAGAAGAUCGAAAUGUUCGAUGUCUCCUACGAAGUGGGUACCAAUAUUCAUCUAAGAAAUAUGCAAAAUCUCACAGCGUUGACAUUGGCGGCGAAAUUGGGACGCGUUGAGAUGUUCUUUCACAUUUUGAGCAUAGAACGUGAGAUCUACUGGCAGUUGGGUAGCAUCACUUGCGCGGCGUAUCCGCUGUCCAUGAUCGACACGAUCGAUGUGGAGACGGGGAAUAUAAACAAGGACUCAGUGUUGAAUUUUGUGGUGUUUGGCGACAAACUGGAACACUUAGAGCUGCUGGAUGGCGUGGUGAUCGAUUUGUUGAAAACCAAAUGGGAAUCCUUUGUCAAGUCGCGUUUCUACAAACAAUUCUAUAUGUUCUCUUUUUACUUUCUCUUCUCGUUAAUCAGUUUCAUAUUACGUCCAGGGCCGUCCGAAAAAAGCGAUGAGGCUGGCGAUGAAGCCGAAGAAGUGUCAGUAAUGCAUGCCGGAAAUGAAACGGCACCGUAUCAUGGCGGCAACAAAUGGUUAAAGCGACUGAUAAAGCGCGCGAUUGACAAGAUGGAGUAUAAAACUUUUUGGCUGAACUUCACCGACUACUUUGACGAUAACGACGUAGAGCUGGGUCCGUCUUGGUGGGCCAGUUAUGCUGAGUGUCCGCUAAUGAACAUGGAAUCCGACCUGGCUAAGUUACGCAUUGUCGCAGAAAUCGUAAUAUUUUUCGGCUCGAUUUUAUACUUGCUAGCGGCGCUGCGUGAAGCGCGCUUUCUGGGCUACAAAAUGUUUAUUGAAAAUAUGAUGACCGCACCUUCGCGUGUCAUGUUUCUUUUCUCUUGUGCGCUCAUGAUGACCAUACCCUGGCUGAGGUUAUCCUGUUCAACCGAGAUCGAUGACCAUGUUGCAGUCUUUAUAAUGCUCACCACAGCGCCUUACUUUCUAUUCUUUUGUCGCGGCUUUAAAACCGUCGGCCCUUUCGUUGUGAUGAUCUAUCGCAUGGUCAUGGGCGAUCUCAUACGAUUCGUCUCCAUCUACCUUGUGUUCGUGAUGGGAUUUUCGCAAGCCUACUACAUUAUCUUCCUUACAUUUGAUAAUCCUGCCACUCCAGAGGAAAUCGACGAUUCUGAAUCGAAUCCAAUGCCCUCGCCAAUGGAAUCUAUUGUGGCUAUGUUUUUGAUGUCGCUCACCAAUUUCGGCGACUACUUUGGCGGUAUGGGCUCAACGCAGCAUGAGUAUGAAGCGAAAUCACUUUUCUUUCUCUUCAUGGUGAUCGUCAGCGUGUUGCUGGUGAAUAUGUUGAUUGCCAUGAUGGGCAACACUUAUCAAAAGAUCGCCGAGAUACGCAACGAAUGGCAGCGUCAGUGGGCGCGCAUUGUGCUGGUAGUGGAACGUAGUGUACCGCCAGCUGAGCGGCUGAAGAAUUUCAUGCACUAUAGUCAGCCUAUGUCGGAUGGUAGGCGCGCAUUGGUGUUGCGGUUAAAUAUGAGCGACGAAGACAAAGAAGAGAUGAAGGAAGUGCAGGAAAUGAAACGUAUACAUCAACGCUUCUCCAAGAAACGUCAGGUUGAGCGAGAGGCGCGUGCGCAUAAACGUCAGGAGGAGUAUGAAAAGUUCUUUGGCACGAAACCAGCUGUGGAUGGUGAUAAUAAUAAUAUGUGCUGAAGAGGACUUCGAUUGGUGGAGGUGGAGUUGUAAAGAAGAGAACUGUGUAGAAUAAGUAGUUAAUUAUGCGACAUGUCAAAUAGCGAUUUACGGGUUUGUAAAGGUCAAUUGGUUCUAAGU